CCCACAGUCGCAACCAUGAGGUGGAGCUGUGUGGGGCUGUGUUUCCUUARGCUGGCUGUUGUUUUUGUUGAUGUGCAGGCCAGACAGGUUCUCAACCAUGUCAGCAGCAUCUGCAGCACGUGGGGCCGGGAGCACUUCAAGACAUUUGACGGUGACGUGUUCCAGUUUCCUUCCAUGUGUGAAUACAAUCUGGUCUCUYACUGCCACGAGUCCUACCAGGAGUUCUCAGUGCACAUAAAGAGGAGGGAGGAUGACGGAGACCCCACCAUCAGUUACGUGGUGGUCACCAUCAGUGACCUGUCAUUCCAUCUCAGCAAGACGCUGGUCACUGUGAACAAUGAGCCUGUCAAGCUGCCAUACCACAAGGCAGGGGUCCAAGUGGAAAAAAACUUUAUUUACAUCAAACUCCAGUCCAAAGUCGGCAUCACGGUCAUGUGGAACAGUGACGAUGCAGUCAUGGUGGAACUGGAUCGCGACUAUGCUAAUCAAACCUGUGGACUUUGUGGAGACUUCAACGGUGUUUCAGUCUACGAUGAGUUCAUUCACAAUGGUCGCAAAAUCAGCCCAAUUGAGUUUGGCAACAAACAGAGAGUCCAUAAUCCAAACGAAGAUUGCGAGGACCCGUUUGAAGAGGAUUAUGAAUCACUGGACGCUGAGAAUGUGCCGGAUUCAUGCAAGACGUUUCAAACCACCUGUGACCAGAUGUUGCGUUCAGAGUCCUGGAGCUCCUGCAUCAAACUGAUUGACCCUGAACCUUACAUCCAGGCCUGUGUGCAGGACAUGUGCGGCUGCACCAACAGAACAAAGGACUUCUGUGUCUGCAGCACAUUGUCUGAGUUCUCUCGACAGUGUUCCCAUGCAGGAGGGCAGCCUCCCACCUGGAGGACACCUCAGUUCUGUGCAAAGCAGUGCCCCUUCAACAUGGUUUAUGAGGAGAGCGGUUCACCUUGUAUGGACACUUGCUCACAUCAGGACACAAGUUCACUGUGUGAGGACCACAAAAUGGACGGCUGCUUCUGUCCUCCUGGAACUGUGUUUGAUGAUAUUUCCAAGAGAGGGUGUGUCYUUCAAUCUGCAUGUCAGUGCAAACAUGACAAGGUCUAUAACUCCAGCCAGGUUUACCGACAGGACCGAUCUGAGUGUACAUGUUUGGAGGGUAGAUGGGCCUGUAAGAGCCUCCAAACACCUGCUACAUGUGCAGUCGAGGAGGGUUCACAUGUCACCACCUUCGAUGGGAAAACCUUCACCUUCCAUGGAGAUUGUUAUUACGUCUUAGCCAAGGUGGACAGCAAGAACGACACAAGUCCAAAGUUUACCAUCCUGGUCCAGCUGGUGCCUUGUGUAAACAAAGAGUUUGAUACUUGUCUUAAAACCCUGAAAAUCCUGCUGAACAAUGACAGAAACAAUGUAUUAARGUUCACUUCAGAUGGAAAAGUGAAGCAGAACACACAGACCAUCAGUUUACCAUACCAGGCUCUAGGUGACAUCAACAUCUUCCAUGCUUCUUCCUUUCACAUUUUGCUCCAGACCAGUUUUGGGUUGCAGAUUCAGAUCCAGCAUGUGCCCAUCAUGCAAGUCUAUGUCAGUCUGGAUCCAAGCUACAGAGGAAAUACACGAGGUUUAUGUGGGAACUACAACAUGGUCCUGUCUGACGAUAUGAAGACACCUCAGGGGAUCGUGGAAGGAACAGCCGUCACUUUCAGUAACUCCUGGAAGGCCAACCUCAUGUGUCAAGACAGAACGGAAAGACUUGACGACCCCUGUUCCCUCAGUGUAGAGAAUGAGCUGUACGCCAAACACUGGUGUGCCUUGCUGCUGAAACCAAACAGCACCUUUGCACAGUGUCGCUCAGCGGUGGAUCCUGAGAUGUACUACAAGCGAUGCACUUAUGCAAGCUGUAACUGUGAGAAGAGUGAGGCCUGCUUGUGUGGCGUCUUCUCCUCUUACGCGCGGGCUUGUGCAGCAAAGGGAGUGUUCUUAACAGACUMGAGAGAGAACGUGUGUGACAAAUACACAAGGAGCUGUGCGGCGUCUCAGACCUUCUCUUACAAACAUCAGAGAUGCCAGUUGACCUGCAGAUCGCUGGGCUCAAAUCAGCCAAGCUGCUCCUCUGACUUCCUGCCCGUGGAUGGCUGCUCCUGUUCUGAGGGUCUCUACCUGAAUGAAAAAGGCGUCUGCGUCCCCAUGGCAAAGUGUCCCUGUUACUAUGACGAAGCCUACAUCAAGUCAGGGAAGUCCAUCAGCAUCAAGGACGAACACUGUGUUUGCACCAACGGGAUGCUUCAUUGUCGUUCUUGGAGAACCCGCUUAUCAUCAUGCCCUUUUCCAAAAGAGUUUUUCAACUGCUCCACACCGGGCACAGGAGAGAUCGGAGUCCAGUGUGCUCGAACCUGUUUGAAUCUYGACAACAAUGAUUGUGACUUCACAGACUGUGAAUCUGGUUGCCGGUGUCCCAGUGGCCUCAUUGACGAUGGCAAAGGUUCCUGUGUGAGAGAAAACGAAUGUCCAUGUCAGCAUGACGGGCAUCUGUAUGCCCCAGGAGCACAAAUCCCUAACAAGUGUAACAUGUGUACCUGCAAGAGCGGAAAGUGGGAGUGCACAGACAAAAAAUGUCCAGGAACUUGUAUUAUCUAUGGGAGUGGUCACCACUCUACAUUUGAUCAGCGGACAUUUGCCUUUCAAGGACAUUGUGCCUACAUUGCUGUCACGAGUAAAUGCGGGAAUAAAACAGCAGCAGACAACUUUAGAGUUACCACAGAAAAUGUACCAUGUGGAUCUACAGGCACCACCUGCACCAAAACUGUCAGGAUCCAACUUGGGCGAAUGGAAAUCAAGCUAUCAAAGGGUAAAAAUGAAACGAACGAACUGGGCAAUGGCCCUUAUAUUCCGUUCAAAAUAAGAAAGGUCGGCUUGUACCUGGUGGUUGAAUCUGCCAUUGGUGUYGCAGUGAUGUGGGAUCGCAAAACAACUGUUCGCAUCCUCCUGGAAACACAGCACAGCGGAAACGUAUGUGGCCUGUGCGGAAAUUUUGACGGUGAUGUCCAGAACGACUUCACYACCCAGGGUCAGCUGGAGGUCAGCAGUCCCACYGAAUURGCAAACAGCUGGAAAGUGUCCAGCAGCUGCCCUGAUGCGGAAGCAAAUGUUGACGCUUGCACAGCGACGCCCAAUCGACAUCACUGGGCAAAAGCGAUGUGUAGCAUUAUAACCGGGCCAACAUUCAAAGGCUGCCACAAUAAGGUAGACCCCCUUCCAUUUUAUGAAAACUGCGUGAAAGACUCGUGUGCCUGUGACACUGGAGGAGAUUGUGAGUGUUUCUGCACAGCAGUCGCAGCUUAUGCRCAAGCUUGUAAUGAGGCUGAUGUCUGUGUUGCAUGGAGAACUCCAGACAUCUGUCCUGUCUUUUGUGAUUAUUACAACAGCCCAGAUGACUGCAAGUGGCAUUACAACCCUUGUCACAKGCCUUGUUACAAGACCUGUCUGAAUCCACAAGGAAUUUGUAGUAACCCUAUACCAAAUCUGGAAGGCUGUUACCCUGUAUGCCCAGAAGAUAAGCCCAUAUAUGAUGAGCACAACCAGAUUUGUGUGCAGGAAUGUGAUGGUUGCUUUUACAAUGGGACCAGAUAUGAAGAAAAUGAUGUUAUUUACAAUGUGACUGAUAAUGUGGGAAUGUGCUACUAUGCAAUUUGCAUCAAUGCAACAGUGAUAUUUGGAAAUGAAACCUGCGUCACUUCAACUGUCCCACCGUCAACUUCAUCAACAACAAUUUUCACCACUUCACCUACAACAACUCCAGGGCCAACUACUACCACAAAGUCUACAACCCCAACAACCGAACCACCUACAACAACUCCAGGGCCAACUACUACCACAAAGUCCAUGACCCCAACAACC